UUACAUUCAAGGAUGUGGCCAUCGAAUUUUCUCAGGAGGAGUGGGAAUGCCUGGCCCCUUCUCAGAGGGCCCUCUACAGGGACGUGAUGCUGGAGACCUACAGGAACCUGGUCUCCCUGGGUGAUGAUAACUUCUCGCCAGAAGUUGAUUAUCUUAUAGGAAUCCUUUCUGCUGGAUUUGCAAUUAACAAAUUAUCACCAAGAGAGAACACUAAUUUAGGAGAAUUAUAUGGAAAUGAAAACCAUGGCAUCAAGGAUUUUGACCUCAAGGAAGUCUGUGAAAAUAUGCAGAGGAGUGAGAGUGAGUGCGGAUAUGAUGCAAGAAAUGACAAAGAAGUGCUUUUGACCCGUAAGAAAAAUCUCAGUCAGAGAGAAAAUCAGGAUAAUAAAUCCUUACUGAAUUUUCCUCAGAGUGUUUCUGUAAGAAGUAAUACAUAUGAAUAUUUCGUGCAUGACAAGCAAUUCAUAAGAAGUUGGUUAACAAUGAAAAAUAACAUGAGCAUUGCUAGAAGCAAAGAUAUAAAGUAUUUGGACAAUAGAACUGGAGCAAGGCUGCAGGCACAGGUGGCUGAACUGCAGAGAUUUCCAGCUGAGGAGAAAAUGUAUAGAGGCCCUCAAGUUGAGAAGUCAGUUAACAAUGGUUCCUCAGUUUCCCCACUUCAUAGAAUUCCUCCUACUGUGGAACCUCCUGUGUUACCCACACAACACAGGAGAACACACACUGAAGAAAAAUCUUACAACUGUAAUGACUGUGGGAAGGCUUUUAGCAAAAGCUCAAAUCUCAGAAAUCAUAAGAGAAUCCAUUCUGGACAGAAACCUUACAAAUGUAAUGUGUGUGGCAAAGCCUUUAACCAGGGUUCUAAUCUCACUACACAUCAGAGAGUGCACACAGGAGAGAAACCGUAUAAAUGUGAUGUCUGUGGCAAGGUCUUUAGUAGAAACUCACACCUUGAAAAUCAUCAGAGGAUGCACACUGGAGAGAAACCUUACAAAUGUAGUGAAUGUGGUAAGGCCUUUAUCCAGCAUUCGCUCCUUUGGUGUCAUGAGAAGAUGCACAGUGGUGAGAAACCUUACAAAUGUAAUGAAUGUGGCAAAGCGUUUGCCGAGCGGUCAAGCCUUAACAAACACAAGAAAAUCCAUACCGGAGAGAAACCGUACAAGUGUACUGUGUGUGGCAAAGCCUUCACCAUGAGAUCAAAUCUUACUCAGCACGAGACAAUCCAUUCUGGAGAGAAGCCUUACAAAUGUAGUGAGUGCGGCAGAGCUUUUACCCAAUUUUCACGCCUUACUCGACAUCAGAAAAUGCACACUGGAGAGAAACCACACAAGUGUAAUGUGUGUGGUAAGGCCUUUAUUGAACUUUCACAACUUUGGGGUCAUGAGAGAAUUCAUACUGGAGAAAAACCACACAAAUGUAAUGUGUGUGGCAAGAGAUUUACCCAACGUUCAAGCCUUAUGGCACAUCAGAGAAUUCAUACGGGAGAAAAAUCUUACAAAUGUAAAGACUGUGAUAAGGCCUUUAUCCAACGUUCCCAACUUUGGGGUCACGAGAGAACUCACACUGGAGAGAAACCUUACAAAUGUAAUGAGUGUGGCAAAGCUUUCACAAUGCGUCCAUACCUUACUCAACAUAAAACCAUCCAUACUGGAGAGAAACCUUACAAAUGUCAUGAAUGUGGCAAAGCUUAUACCCAAUUUGCAAGCCUUACUAGACACCAGUUAAUCCAUACGGGAGAGAAACCUUAUAAUUGUGAUGUAUGUGGUAAGGUAUUUAGUCGAAAUUCACACCUCGCAUGUCAUCAGAGAAUUCAUACAGGAGAGAAACCUUACAAAUGUAAAGAGUGUGGCAAAACCUUCAAUCAGUGCUCAAACCUCACUAGACAUCAGUUGAUUCAUACAAGAAAGAAAGUCUAUGAAUGUGAUGUCUGUGGCAAGGCCUUCAGUCGAAAGUCAGUCCUUGUAAGUCACCAGACAGUGCACUUUGGAGAGAAAUCUUACAAAUGUAAUGAAUGUGGCAAAGCCUUUAGGAAGCGCUCAAGCCUUACUCAGCAUAAGAGAAUCCAUACAGGAGAGAAACCUUACAGAUGUAAUGAGUGUGGGAAGGCCUUUAGGAAGCAUUCAAAUCUUACUCAACAUAAGGUAGUCCAUACUGGAGAGAAACCUUACAGAUGUAAUGAGUGUGGCAAAGCAUUUAGUGUGCACUCAGCCCUAAGGAACCAUCAGAUAAUCCAUACAGGAGAGAAACCAUACAAAUGUGAUGUCUGUGGCAAGGUCUUCAGUCGAAAUUCAAUCCUUGCAAGUCAUCAGAGGCUGCACACUGGGGAGAAACCUUAUAAGUGUAAAGAAUGUGGUAAGUCAUUUAUUCAACGUUCACUCCUUUGGAUUCAUGAGAAAAUCCAUACUGGUGAGAAACCUUACAAAUGUAGUGAAUGCAGCAAAGCCUUUCCUGUGCGGUCAAUCCUUACUCAACAUAUGAGAAUCCAUACUGGGGAGAAACCUUAUAUAUGUACUGAGUGUGGCAAAGCCUUUACGAAACAUUCAAAUCUUACUCAACAUAAGACCACCCACACUGGAGAGAAACCUUACAAAUGUGAUGAGUGUGACAAAGCUUUUACCCAAGUUUCAAGUCUUAGUAGGCAUCAGAGAAGGCACAGUGGAAAGAAACCGAGUAAGUGCAAUGUGUGUGUUAAGCCUUUGAUGCAACAUUCGCAGCUUUGGGAUCUUGAGAGAACUCAUACUGGAGAGAAACCUUACAAAUAUGAUGUGUGCUGUAAGGCAUUGGUCCAACAUUCACAACUUUGUAGUCAUGAGAAAACUCUCACUGGAGAACUCAAAUGCAGUUUAUGUGGCAAGACUUUUAUCCAGCAUUCAAGCCUUGUAGCACAUCAGAGAAUUCAUACAGGAGAAAGACCUUAUAAAUGUAAUAAAUGUGAUAAGGCUUUUACCCAAAAUUCACAACUUUGGCGUCACGAGAGAACUCAUAUUGGAGAGAAGUCUUAUCAAUGUAACGAGUGUGGCAAAGCCUUUACAGAUGGUUCACAUCUCAAUCGACAUAAGAUCAUUCAUACUGGUGAGAAACCUUACAAGUGUCAUGAGUGUGGCAGAGCUUUUACUCAGUUUACAAACCUGGGUAGGCAUCAGAAAAUACAUACUGAAAAGAAACAUUAUAAACUUAAUCUAUGUGGCAGUGCUUUUAUUAAAAGCUGAAGCUUUGGGCAUCAUCGAAAAAUUAAUAAUAGAAAUCUUACAAAUACAAUGAUGGAGAUAAAAUGUAUGGAGGUAGUCAGACCUUAAAAUCAGAGACCCCCCUUAAGGAGAGAAAUCAUUUAAAACAUACGUAUGUGGCAAAGCCUGUAACUGUGCCUAACAUUUAUUUGGUGGCAGAAUGUACAUCUUUAAAAGAAACCACACAAAUAAAAUUUUGGCAAAGGAUAGCCAAAGUUUCA